ACUUUUUGUUGUGUGUAAAGUCUGAAAGUAACUUCUCUUGUCUAGAGUUUUUCAGAAGACCAAGUUCGCCCUCUAGAGGCAAAACAGUGGUCUUGAUAUUGAAGGAAUAUGAAGCACGGACAGGGAGGACCUGUAAACCGGUGCCUCAGUCUUCCAGACGUAAGAAUUUUGAAUUUGAGCCACUUUCUACGACUGCCCUGAUUCUUGAGGAUCGACCAUCAAAUCUUCCUGCCAAAUCUGUGGAAGAAGCUUUACGUCACCGACAAGAAUAUGAUGAAAUGGUGGCUGAAGCUAAAAAACGAGAAAUUAAAGAAGCACAUAAAAGGAAAAAAAUAAUGAAAGAACGAUUUAAACAAGAAGAAAAUAUUGCAAAUGCAAUGGUAAUUUGGAUCAAUGAAAUACUGCCCAAUUGGGAAGUAAUGCGUAGUACAAGAAGAGUUCGAGAAUUGUGGUGGCAGGGAUUGCCCCCUAGUGUUCGUGGGAAAGUUUGGAGUCUAGCUGUAGGAAAUGAACUAAAUAUCACUCCUGAACUUUAUGAAAUCUUCCUAUCAAGGGCAAAAGAACGGUGGAAAAGCUUCAGUGAAACAAGUUCAGAGAAUGAUACAGAAGGUGUAUCUGUUGCUGAUCGAGAGGCCAGUCUGGAAUUAAUUAAGUUGGACAUAUCCCGUACAUUUCCAUCUCUCUACAUCUUUCAGAAGGGUGGCCCAUAUCAUGAUGUCUUACAUAGUAUCUUAGGGGCAUAUACAUGUUACAGACCUGAUGUUGGUUAUGUCCAAGGGAUGUCCUUCAUAGCAGCAGUUCUCAUUCUCAAUUUGGAAGAGGCAGAUGCCUUCAUUGCGUUUGCAAAUCUCCUGAAUAAGCCAUGCCAGUUGGCCUUCUUCCGUGUGGAUCACAGCAUGAUGUUGAAAUAUUUUGCAACAUUUGAAGUAUUUUUUGAAGAAAAUCUCUCCAAACUAUUUCUUCAUUUCAAAUCUUAUAGUCUUACACCAGACAUAUACUUGAUAGACUGGAUCUUCACCCUAUAUAGCAAAUCACUACCACUUGAUUUGGCAUGUCGAGUCUGGGAUGUAUUUUGCAGAGAUGGGGAGGAAUUUUUAUUUAGGACUGGAUUAGGGAUCCUCCGAUUAUAUGAAGAUAUUCUCCUGCAGAUGGAUUUUAUUCAUAUAGCACAGUUUCUAACUAAAUUACCAGAAGAUAUUACAUCAGAAAAGCUGUUCAGCUGUAUUGCAGCAAUUCAGAUGCAGAAUAGCACCAAAAAAUGGACUCAGGUCUUUGCAUCUGUAAUGAAGGAUAUUAAAGAAGGAGAGAAGAAUAACAGUCCUGCUCUGAAAAGCUAAUCUUCAAAAUUAACAGACUAAUUGGAAUAUAAAUAUGGUCUUUGAUAAAAGUUUUUUGUUUUCUAUGUAAAAAGGAUAGAGAAACCUAAAGAAUCAAGACAUGGAAAACUGCUGAUUUUGAAUUCCAUGGCUGAAGUAAAUGAAAUAAGUAACCUAUUGACAGUAUUAAUAAAAUAAAAAGUAUUUUGUAGGGAGAGUCAUUUUACAAAAGAAAAAGUUUAAAUGGCUAGUUCGUACUCCAUGAAUUGGAGCGAACAGUAAUGCAAUAAAAUUUUUUAACAGCUUUGGAGAUACUUCAGAUUUUUACAUCUUUUCUUUUUUAACAGGUACCAUAAAGGCACUUUGGAGGUCAGAGCAGGAUUGUUUAAUACUACUUUAACUUCCAAAAUACUAUUUCAAAUAAACACCUUAGUACAGAUCUCUAGUUCUGACCUUUUGAAGAUAUUAUAGACCAAGGAUAAGCAACUUUGGUUGUAAAUUAUUUAGGUUACUAAAGUUGUUUAUCUUCAUUCACAGGUUGAGGCAAAUCUUGGUUGUCUGGGAAUUGGAAAUACUUCAGAAAUUGAUUUGCAUUUGUUUAGGUGUUUUUCCACUGUAUCAUGUCUAUUUGUUUCUAAAGGGAAUUUUUUUUUUUUUCCCUUAAGGAAUUCCUGUUACUCAAAGUGGUUUAGCCUUUCUGUAUCUAGUUUAAAAAAUGGUUCAUCGAGUAAUUUAAGAAAGCUAACUGAUAGAAGGAAAGUUUUUUGCACUUUAAUGGACUGAAGACUUGAUUUGGGAAGUAAGUCCAUAAAUAUGAAUGAGGUUUUUCACUGGUAAGAGUAAAAAGUAUGAAUUCUAACAGUUCUUAGCAAGACUUGAGAUUUUUUAGUUAAAAUUUCUUCACUGUUUGUAGAAGUAAAAUUUGUUAAUUUCAGUUUGAAAUUUGAAAUCUUAAUAUGUAGCCAAGUCCAUGACUUGUAAAAUACUGUGCAUAAUUUUUUAAUCAAAGGAAAUAAGAAUAAAAGAAAAAGAUAAACAGUUUUCUAAUGAGUCUAACUUUGAUGGUAUAGUGGAUAAAGAAAUUAUUAAUUAUUGAUAAAUUGACAUUAAAUUUAUUAUAAUGUGUUUAAUUCUUAACCUAAAAUAAAUCACUUGAAUAUUAUGAGUGAUAGCUAUAUAACAUGCUGUUCGGUUAAUAAUUAGAUUUGUAGUGUGCUUUUAUGUUGCAGUUUGGUUUGAAACAACACUUAAGCACACUAUUUCUGUUAGUGGUAUAUUGUCUUCAAACUAACAAGCCUAAGAACCUUGUUAGUGUAGUGACUGCCUCUUUAGGAGUAUGGGACCAGAUGUGCCCAUAUAUUUUUACCCCAUGGGUCAUUCUAGCCUAGGGACCACUAGUGGAACCCUCAGAAAUUAACUCCUGUCAUAGGAGCUUGCUUAGUGGAAACUAGUAGUGUAAUAAAAUAUUGAGGGAGUACCCAGGGUCUUAUAGGUUUUACAAUAACAUUCUGACUCUGGUAACUACUUCCUUCACAUUGGUGACCCUGAUAGAGGGAAUGUAAGCCCUGGCAGUAAUCUCAUUGAGGUUAUACUACCUGCCUGAGUUUAAUCUUCCUUUUGUGCAUUUCUUUCCUGAGUUGGACCUACGUUACUGUAAUUCUUUGUCUUAUUUUUUUAAUUGUAUAGUUUACCUUUCAAGUAUAAAUGUGUAUAUAAAAUGUAAAUACAAGGAAUUCACUAAAAACCACUAUUAACAAUUACUGUGUAAAUAAAACUUGUAAGCAGAGUAA